AUGACCCCUUUUGACGAUUCGGUGUUCGAGGAAUCAAGAAGCGAAGCCAACGUUGUUGCACUGUCGUCUUACAAUGCAAGUUCUGUGAAAGCAGAGAAAAAUGAAGCCUCCAACACCUGUCACCUCACCGGUCUACUUCACCUGACUGCGAACGUCCACGAGCGCUUCGGAGACCUCAGGAGCCAGGUCACGUGUCUGCAGCAGCUGUGUUCUCUCCACCCCUACCACCAGUGGCACUGGAUGAAGCUGGCAGAAAGCUACCUUCAUCUCCUCCAGCCUCUGUCAACACCCUCAGGCUCCAGUCCUCUUCAACYGGGAGAUGGUGUAGAGCCACAGCCUGACUCUCAGACUGAGGAGCAACUGAAGGAAGAGCGUGAUGGCGUUUGGCUCAAGGCCUGCAUGUGUUUUGUCCGGGCCAGACUCCUCCUCAGGGCAUUAAAGGGACAACAGUCAUCCUUUGUUCURCAGAACAGUGAGAGAGCCCUACAGAAGGCUGAUGAGGCUCUACGGUGUCUGGAACCGAAAGACACCACACUACAGCUAGUCUCUGAGGUGAUGUCAGAAGAUCUAGUUCCAGAGAGGAUGAGAGAGGACAACCAGGAUGGAGAGAGCUUGGCAGGUCUCUCUCUGAAGGACUUUGAAGACAGGUGGUGGAACAGACUGGUACAGACAGGAGUACUGAAGGAGGAUGGACCUAAACUACCUUCUGUAAAGACCUAACUAGGCUACACCUUUUGAUGAAUGUAUUUUUUAAUAUUGCGUGUAACAAUGUGCUGACCGRCAUAUGAAAUUAAAUAUUGUCACACUUCAA